UUAGUACACUUUCUAUCAUAUACCCUAAAAGAAAAAGCCUUCACUUAUUAUUCAAGAAAAAACAAACACACCCCAAAAACCAAAAGAAAAUAGAGAAUACGAAGGUCGUGGGCAGGUCAAAGAAAGAAUUUUAUUCUUUAGACGUUAAGAAUUCUUUCAAUAAUUUCAAGACCCAUCUUAUUUCUUUUUCUUCUAUAUAACUUCACAUUGUUUUAAAGGAAUACUAAUGAUCAAAAGUUCUGAAGGGUCUGUUUGGAAGAGGAAAAAUAUGAAUCAAGAAAAGGAAAAUCAGAAAAACAUUAUUGCAAACAAAAGUUGCAAGAAGUAUAUUGAGAAGAAAAUAAACAAAGGGGAAAAUUAUAAUAAUUACCCUUUGAUUUGUUAUGAAGAAUUACCAGGAUAUAUGAAGGAUAAUGAGUUUAUUCUCAAUUAUUAUAGAGCUAGUUGGCCUAUUAAACAAGCUCUUUUCAGCAUUUUUCGUUGGCAUAACGAAACUCUUAAUGUUUGGACGCAUUUACUUGGGUUUAUUCUAUUUGUGGUAUUAACCAUAUCCAAUGUAGUGCAAGUACCACAGCUCUCUGAUUUCAUGACUAUGUUUAAUUGGAACUUUCCCACGAGUGGUGAUGUAAAUGUCUCCAAUAAUUCAAAGGAAUUUUUUCAGGGUCCAUCCAGGCUAAUUGAUUUGAAGCAGGACCAACACUUGCAAUUGGAUCACAUGAUGUCAACAAAGAUGUUACAAAGUGAAACAACAUGGCCAUUUUUUGUAUUUCUAGGUGGUUCAAUGUUUUGUCUACUUUCAAGUAGCAUUUGUCACCUCUUCUCUUGCCAUUCCCACAAGCUAAACAUCCUCUUGUUGAGAAUGGACUAUGUUGGUAUCACAGUCAUGAUAAUCACUUCAUUCUUUCCACCAAUUUACUACAUUUUCCAAUGUUCACCACAUUGGCAAAUUGUGUAUCUAAGUUGUAUCACAAUCAUGGGAAUUUGCACUAUUUUCACCCUCCUAUCCCCUGUGUUUUCGACCGGGAAGUAUCGAUCUUUUCGUGCUGUUUUGUUCAUGGCCAUGGGACUUUUCGGCCUGAUACCUGCGGUCCACGCGAUAGUACUGAAUUGGGAUGAACCCGAAAGAAACAUCAUACUGGCGUACGAGUUGGCUAUGGCGUUGUCUUAUUUAAUUGGGACUAUGUUUUACAUUAUGCGAAUCCCGGAGAGAUGGAGGCCUGGAUUUUUUGACCUAGCCGGUCAUAGUCAUCAAAUAUUUCAUGUAUUUGUGAUUUUAGGUGCAUUGUCACACUAUGGUGCUGCACAAGUUUUCUUGGAAUAUAGGAGUCGAUUGGGGUGUGACACACAAUAAAUUAAAAUGCACUAUUUAUUUAUGAAAGGGGGAAAAAAAAGAAAGAAAGCACAUGAUUGUCAUACUUAUACUUUAUUAAUUUGUAUUUUAAAAAAUUAUUUGAUUUAAGGUAUUGCUUUGUGUUAUAGAAGGGGUAUAUGUUUUUCUUUACCCUUUUAGAUAUAUGAACAAUCAUUCAUUUGUUGUGUAAUGAACUUCUAAUGUAUACAAGUGUUACAAGAUGAAUUGAUGAAACAUUAAGAUUUAUUUUUUUA